UGUGGAGAUGCCCUGCUCAAAUGCGUUUCUGUAAAAAGGAAUAUGGUCACCUUGUAUACAGUAUUAGCUAUAGUUUUGCUAUUCUAUCGAGUUACUCCUGGAUCAACAUCUUGUUUACCCGGCUGUUCUUGCACAAAUGACAACUUGGGAAGGUAAAUUGUUUGUUGUCAAUUAUUUUGUAGGCUAACUAGUUUUGUACCGAGUUUCUUUACCUUGUCAGAAGGUUAUGCAGUUGACCUAUUUAGCCUAUUGCUAAACUCAAUGGUGGUUUUUUCAUAACUGGUUUUAACAAUGGACAAUGUGGAGAGAUAAUUUACUAUAAUAUAAUAUAAAUAACCUAUGUUGUUUUAUUUUAACAUGAAAUUAUAACGAUACCCGUACUUACAUAACCCAAAAUGUUUUUGUUUUAUUUUAGAUCCUUACUUUGUAUGGAAACCGCCAUGGGACGAAUCCCAGACAACGUUCCAAAUGAUUUCAGUAAAAUUCGAAUAGAGAAUUCCCACCUGACCGAAUUACCUCGCCGCUCCUUCGCUAACGUGAACGCCUUGGCGUCUCUGUGGUUGAAUUUCAACGACAUCACCCUGAUGAACAUCAAGAGUCUGGAGGGGCUGACGAAUCUAACAGAACUGCGGCUACAGGGAAACAAGCUGCGUUCAGUCCCAUGGACGGCGUUCCAGGAUACGCCGAACCUGAAGAUUUUGGACCUGAAACAUAACCGACUAGACGUGCUGCCGGAAUCCGCCCUGAGACAACUACCAGGCCUGACCUAUUUAGAUUUAUCCUUCAAUCAGCUUACUGUCAUAUCCAGGGAUGUCUUCCUCAACUGGCCUCUCCUCAACACGCAGGAGAGAAACGGAGGUAAAGAGGCCAGCAGUGGAGAGGCCAACGUCGUUUUAGCGCUGCACGACAACCCUUGGCUGUGUGACUGCCGCCUCAAAGGUUUCGUCGAGUUUAUCAAAACCGUUAGUCCACCUCUAAUUCUGAUGAACUCGUACCUGACGUGCACCGGCCCCAGUUCCAGGGCGGGGAAGUUCUUCCUCGAGGUCGGUUUGAAAACAUGUAUGAAACCCGAGGCCUCAGCCUCAGAAACCAACAUGACGGUGUCGCUGGGGGACAAUGUAACCCUCCAGUGCUUAGUCAAAGCCAGGCCUGACCCCGCCAUCCACUGGUCAUACAGCCUAAAGAUUAUAAGGGGAUUUACUGGUAAGGUUUUAUUUAAUUGCAACUUCUAGGCUAUCAUCCAUUAGAUUGCUGUGACUUUAUUUACCAGUGACUGAUAUCAUAGGUCAGUCACUCAUAGUUUAUUGUAAGCUACACCACUUUGAUGACAGGAUUUAAGACAAGUAGGCUAAAGCAUGUGUAUUUCAUAUAUAUGAAUCUGGUUUAUAGAUUGAAACAGUGUUUGGUAGGCUAUUGGUGUUUAUAGAUUGAAACAGUGUUUGGUAGGCUAUUGGUGUUUAUAGAUUGAAACAGUGUUUGGUAGGCUAUUGGUGUUUAUAGAUUGAAACAGUGUUUGGUAGGCUAUUGGUGUUUAUAGAUUGAAACCGUGUUUGGUAGGCUAUUGGUGUUUAUAGAUUGAAACAGUGUUUGGUAGGCUAUUGGUGUUUAUAGAUUGAAACAGUGUUUGGUAGGCUAUUGGUGUUUAUAGAUUGAAACAGUGUUUGGUAGGCUAUUGGUGUUUAUAGAUUGAAACAGUGUUUGGUAGGCUAUUGGUGUUUAUAGAUUGAAACAGUGUUUGGUAGGCUAUUGGUGUUUAUAGAUUGAAACAGUGUUUGGUAGGCUAUUGAUGUUUAUAGAUUGAAAGUGUUUGGUAGGCUAUUGGUGUUUAUAGAUUGCUUUAAACAAUGUAUGACACAGCCUUUCUUGUAGGAAAACUUAACAAUAAUGCCUAAUGCAACAUAUUACAAAUACAGUACUGAAUAUUAUACAUUUACAAUAUGCAAAUUUUUAUUCACCCUUGUCGAUUAAGUUGUAUCAUAAUUCUCCUUUCUCUUCAGUCUCAGAGACCCGUGUGGAUGAUGAGACCAUCAGAUCUCAGCUGGUCAUCCCAUCCCUCCACAUGGCGGACCGAGGUGUCUACACCUGCUACGCCAACAACUUCAUCGGCAACUCCUCCGCCAGUUUCCUGGUCAACAUCAAGUCUUUCAACGCCUCGUCCUCCGGCGGUUCAGCCAUGUCUCCUCCCCCGUUCCCCCUGGCCUCAGCCGACGAGAACGUAUACAUUGACAUCCGCAUCUCCAAGCAGACGGUCUACGGCAUCACUCUGGAGUGGUACGCUGCGACAGACAACCCGUCAGAAACCUGGUUCACCAUCCACUUGGGGAAAUACCACUCGGACAAAAGGGAGUUGACAUACAUCGGGCCGGGCAUCAACACCUAUUCGGUCAACGACCUCAUACCGGUUACUAAAUACGAAGUGUGUGUGACGCUGAAGAACCAGAUGCCCCGCGCCGGCCAGUGCAUCGUGUUCGUAACAGGAAGUGACAUCAGCCAGCUGGAACAACGAGCGAAGCUCAUCCAUAUUAUGGUGAUCGUGUGCGCCAUGGGGCUGGCGGUGCCCGUGGGCAUGUACGCCUGCACCACCGACACCAGAUGUACGUUCAGCUGCCUGGACCGCUGUACGGAGCAGUGUAAGAGGAGGAGGCGGCAGGAGAAGACCCUGAGGACGAAUGGGGAGAGACAGGGGACCUUCGACAGCCUCCAGGCCGCCAGCGAUGAAGGACUCUGUGGCGACUCUGAUGAGGUGAUGAAGAAGAGGACUAAGUCCUCAGAGGAAAGAAACAACCACAGGGGAAAAGCACAAGAUCUACCAGAGACAACCACUGGAGCAAAGCUAUAUUAGAUGUAGGUUUAACGAUUAAAACGUGUACAAGACGUCUAGAGGAACAGUUAUCUGUAAUAAUGGGGGGCAGUCUUAUGUGAAGUGAAGCUUCAGGAAAUGCAUCUGUAAAGCUUAAAGUUGUCAUGCUAAGAGUGAAAUGCCUUCCUUCUAUGUCGGUAGCAAGGUUUAUUUGUUAAAUGAGUUUAUAUACUGUAUCUAUUUAGCUUGAUUGUUCUCUGUUUUAAAAGAAAAAAAUGGAAUACAAACUUAUCUGGCCCCAAAAAAAAACCAUAAUGUUAAUUCUGUACAUGCAAUAUAGUUGCAAAUAUUUUCUUGUCUUCAGAAUGUAAUGAACUGCAUUUCCUCACGGUUCGUUGAAACUCAUUCAUUAGGAGAGGUUCAGUUAAAUCUACAGUAAUACACACUGUAUAUAGCCUUUGCACUACUACCUACGUAAUGAAUGAGGCUUCUUUGCUACUCUUUUCCUGUUUUUGACUCACUUUUUUAUAAGGGGUGGGAUGGUGAGGAUUAGAGUUGGG